GAUGCCGCGGGGCCGCCCCCCGAAGCCCAGGGAGAGCAAGGCGCGCGGCGACUCCGAUGGAGUUUUAACAUUGAAUGCGGAGAACACUAAUUAUGCCUAUCAAGUUCCAAACUUCCAUAAAUGUGAAAUCUGUCUACUAUCUUUUCCAAAAGAAUCCCAGUUUCAACGCCACAUGAGGGAUCACGAGCAAAAUGACAAGCCACAUCGAUGUGACCAGUGCCCCCAAACAUUUAAUGUUGAAUUCAACCUGACACUUCAUAAAUGCACUCACAGCGGGGAAGAUCCUACCUGCCCUGUGUGUAACAAGAAAUUCUCCAGAGUGGCUAGUCUCAAAGCGCAUAUUAUGCUACAUGAAAAGGAAGAGAAUCUCAUCUGUUCUGAGUGUGGGGAUGAGUUUACUCUGCAGAGUCAGCUGGCCGUGCACAUGGAGGAGCACCGCCAGGAGCUGGCUGGAACCCGGCAGCAUGCCUGCAAGGCCUGCAAGAAAGAGUUCGAGACCUCCUCAGAGCUGAAGGAACACAUGAAGACUCAUUACAAAAUUAGGGUAUCAAGUACAAGGUCUUAUAACCGGAAUAUCGACAGAAGUGGAUUCACGUAUUCAUGUCCGCACUGUGGAAAGACGUUUCAAAAGCCAAGCCAGUUAACGCGACACAUUAGGAUACACACAGGUGAAAGGCCAUUUAAAUGUAGUGAAUGUGGAAAAGCUUUUAACCAGAAGGGGGCACUGCAGACCCACAUGAUCAAGCACACAGGUGAAAAGCCCCACGCCUGUGCCUUCUGUCCUGCCGCCUUCUCUCAGAAGGGGAAUCUUCAGUCGCACGUGCAGCGAGUCCACUCAGAGGUCAAGAAUGGUCCUACCUAUAACUGUACAGAAUGUAGUUGUGUAUUUAAAAGUUUAGGCAGCUUAAACACGCAUAUCAGCAAGAUGCAUAUGGGUGGGCCACAGAAUUCAACAAGUUCCACAGAGACUGCUCAUGUUUUAACGGCCACACUCUUUCAGACGUUACCUCUUCAACAGACAGAAGCCCAAGCCACGUCAGCCUCAAGCCAGCCAAGCUCCCAGGCAGUGAGCGACGUCAUCCAGCAGCUCCUGGAGCUCUCAGAGCCGGGGCCGGUGGAGUCAGGGCAGUCCCCGCAGCCUGGGCAGCAGCUGAGCAUCACAGUGGGCAUCAACCAGGACAUUUUACAGCAAGCCUUAGAAAACAGUGGGCUGUCUUCAAUUCCAGUUGCAGCACAUCCUAAUGACUCCAGCCAUGCCAAGACCUCUGCACCACAGGUUCAAAACCCAGAUGUUUCCAGCGUUUCGAAUGAGCAGACGGACCCUACAGACGCAGAGCAAGAAAAAGAACAGGAAAGCCCGGAGAAACUGGAUAAAAAAGAAAAAAAAAUGAUAAAGAAGAAAUCACCAUUUCUACCUGGCUCCAUCCGUGAGGAGAACGGCGUGCGCUGGCACGUGUGUCCCUACUGCGCCAAGGAGUUCCGCAAGCCCAGCGACCUGGUGCGCCACAUCCGCAUCCACACCCACGAGAAGCCCUUCAAGUGCCCGCAGUGCUUCCGCGCCUUCGCGGUGAAGAGCACGCUGACAGCCCACAUCAAGACGCACACCGGCAUCAAGGCGUUCAAGUGCCAGUACUGCAUGAAGAGCUUCUCCACCUCGGGCAGCCUCAAGGUGCACAUCCGCCUGCACACAGGAGUAAGACCUUUUGCUUGUCCUCACUGUGACAAAAAAUUUCGAACCUCGGGCCAUAGGAAGACUCACAUUGCUUCCCACUUUAAACAUACGGAAUUAAGGAAAAUGAGGCACCAGCGUAAACCUGCAAAGGUUCGUGUUGGCAAGACGAAUGUUCCAGUCCCUGAUAUUCCUUUGCAGGAACCAAUUCUUAUAACUGACUUAGGUCUUAUCCAGCCCAUUCCAAAAAACCAGUUUUUCCAAAGCUAUUUUAAUAAUAAUUUUGUUAAUGAAGCAGAUAGACCAUACAAGUGUUUUUACUGUCAUCGUGCAUAUAAAAAAUCUUGCCACCUUAAACAACACAUCAGAUCCCAUACGGGUGAAAAACCUUUUAAAUGUUCUCAGUGUGGAAGAGGCUUUGUUUCUGCAGGUGUGCUCAAAGCACACAUCCGAACACACACAGGACUGAAAUCUUUCAAGUGUCUGAUAUGUAAUGGGGCUUUCACUACUGGUGGCAGCUUACGGCGACACAUGGGCAUCCACAACGACCUCCGUCCCUAUAUGUGUCCCUAUUGUCAAAAAACAUUUAAGACUUCACUAAAUUGCAAAAAGCACAUGAAAACCCACAGAUACGAACUUGCCCAGCAGCUCCAACAGCAUCAGCAGGCAGCCUCGAUAGACGAUAGCACCGUGGACCAGCAGAGCAUGCAGGCCUCCACUCAGAUGCAGGUGGAAAUCGAGAGCGACGAGCUGCCGCAGACGGCAGAGGUGGUCGCAGCAAACCCCGAGGCCAUGCUGGACCUGGAGCCUCAGCACGUGGUGGGCACAGAGGAAGCAGGGCUGGGCCAGCAGUUGACAGAUCAGCCCUUGGAAGCAGAUGAAGAUGGGUUUGUGGCUCCACAGGACCCUCUGCGAGGGCACAUAGACCAGUUUGAAGAGCAGACCCCUGCCCAACAGUCCUUCGAACCGGCAGGGCUAUCCCAAGGUUUUACAGUGACUGACACGUACCAUCAGCAGCCUCAGUUUCCACCUGUCCAACAGCUACAGGAUUCCAGCACACUUGAGUCUCAGGCCCUCUCCACAAGCUUCCACCAGCAGAGCUUGCUGCAGGCUCCCAGCUCUGAUGGGAUGAAUGUAACAACUCGCUUGAUUCAGGAGUCAUCCCAAGAGGAACUGGACCUGCAGGCACAAGGUUCCCAGUUUCUGGAGGACAGUGAGGACCAGAGCAGGCGCUCUUACAGGUGUGACUAUUGCAACAAAGGCUUUAAGAAGUCCAGUCACCUAAAGCAGCACGUGCGGUCGCACACCGGGGAGAAGCCCUACAAGUGCAAACUCUGUGGACGUGGCUUUGUUUCCUCCGGGGUGCUCAAGUCUCACGAGAAGACACACACAGGAGUGAAGGCGUUCAGCUGCAGCGUGUGCAAUGCUUCCUUCACUACCAAUGGCAGCCUCACCCGGCACAUGGCCACACAUAUGAGCAUGAAGCCUUAUAAGUGUCCGUUUUGUGAAGAGGGUUUCCGAACGACAGUGCAUUGUAAAAAGCACAUGAAGAGACACCAAGCAGUCCCCUCUGCUGUGUCAGCCACUGGAGAGACAGAAGGAGGAGACAUUUGUAUGGAGGAGGAGGAAGAACAUUCUGACAGAAAUGCAUCACGGAAGUCUCGUCCUGAGGUCAUCACUUUCACAGAGGAAGAGACAGCCCAGUUAGCCAAGAUCCGGCCUCAGGAGAGCGCCACGGUGUCAGAGAAGGUCCUGGUGCAGUCCGCGGCAGAAAAGGACCGCAUCAGCGAGCUGAGGGACAAGCAGGCGGAGCUGCAGGACGAGCCCAAGCAUGCCAACUGCUGCACAUACUGCCCCAAGAGCUUCAAGAAGCCCAGCGACCUGGUGAGGCAUGUUCGAAUCCAUACUGGAGAAAAGCCAUACAAAUGUGAUGAAUGUGGAAAGAGUUUUACUGUGAAAUCCACUCUCGAUUGCCAUGUGAAGACUCACACAGGUCAGAAGCUCUUCAGCUGUCACGUCUGCAGCAACGCCUUCUCCACGAAGGGAAGUCUGAAGGUCCACAUGCGUCUGCACACGGGAGCCAAGCCCUUCAAAUGCCCGCACUGCGAGCUGCGUUUCCGUACCUCGGGUAGAAGGAAGACACACAUGCAGUUUCAUUAUAAACCAGACCCAAAGAAGGCCAGAAAGCCUGUGACUCGAAGCUCGUCGGAAGGAUUGCAGCCCGUAAACCUCCUCAACUCCUCCUCUACUGACCCUAAUGUAUUUAUCAUGAACAACUCUGUUCUAACAGGACAGUUGGAUCAGAAUCUGCUGCAACCAGGACUGGUGGGCCAAGCUAUUCUCCCUGCCUCCGUGUCAGCUGGGGGUGACCUGACUGUGUCUCUGACAGAUGGGAGCCUGGCUACCCUAGAAGGCAUCCAGUUACAGUUGGCUGCUAACUUGGUUGGACCAAAUGUACAGAUUUCUGGAAUCGAUGCUGCCAGCAUUAAUAACAUUACGUUGCAGAUUGAUCCGAGCAUUCUGCAGCAGACGCUACAGCAGGGCAACCUGUUGGCUCAGCAGCUCACGGGGGAGCCUGGCCUGGCCCCACAGAAUGGCUCUCUCCAGACGUCGGACAGCACAGUCCCUGCCAGUGUUGUCAUCCAGCCCAUCUCAGGCCUGUCCUUACAGCCCACAGUGACCUCUGCAAACCUGACCAUAGGCCCACUGUCUGAGCAGGAUUCAGUGCUGACCACUAACAGCAGUGGGACCCAAGACCUCACUCAAGUGAUGACUUCGCAAGGUCUGGUGUCCCCCUCCGGCGGUCCCCACGAGAUCACCUUGACCAUCAACAACUCCAGCCUGAGCCAGGUCCUAGCACAGGCCGCUGGGCCUACUGCCACAUCUUCCUCGGGGUCUCCACAGGAAAUUACCCUGACUAUCUCCGAACUUAACACUACAAGCGGAAGCCUUCCUUCAACAACACCGAUGUCUCCAUCGGCCAUCUCGACUCAGAACCUGGUCAUGUCCUCGUCGGGUGUGGGAGGUGACGCUAGUGUCACGCUGACGCUGGCUGAUACUCAGGGUAUGCUGUCUGGAGGCCUGGACACUGUCACACUCAACAUCACCUCUCAGGGUCAGCAGUUCCCAGCACUCCUCACGGAUCCCUCUCUCUCGGGCCAGGGUGGAGCAGGCUCGCCGCAAGUCAUACUAGUGAGCCACACGCCACAGUCAGCGUCUGCUGCUUGUGAAGAAAUAGCCUACCAGGUAGCUGGCGUCUCUGGGAACCUGGCCCCGGGCAGCCAGCCCGAGAAGGAGGGCCGGGCACACCAGUGCCUGGAGUGUGACCGUGCCUUCUCGUCCGCGGCAGUGCUGAUGCACCACAGCAAGGAGGUGCACGGCCGGGAGCGCAUCCACGGCUGCCCUGUGUGCAGGAAGGCCUUCAAGCGCGCCACGCACCUCAAGGAGCACAUGCAGACACACCAGGCCGGCCCCUCUUUGAGCUCCCAGAAGCCAAGAGUGUUUAAAUGUGACACUUGUGAGAAGGCGUUUGCCAAACCAAGCCAGCUGGAGCGCCACAGCCGCAUCCACACAGGGGAGCGGCCAUUCCAUUGCACGCUUUGUGAGAAAGCCUUCAACCAGAAGAGCGCGCUGCAGGUGCACAUGAAGAAGCACACGGGGGAGCGGCCCUACAAGUGUGCCUACUGCGUCAUGGGCUUCACACAGAAGAGCAACAUGAAGCUGCACAUGAAGCGGGCGCACAGCUAUGCUGGAGCUCUGCAGGAGUCCGCAGGUCACCCAGAGCAGGACGGGGAGGAGCUGAGUCGGACCCUCCACCUGGAGGAGGUGGUGCAGGAGGCUGCGGGCGAGUGGCAGACCCUCACCCACGUCUUCUGAUGCGAGUCGGAAGUACACCUUUAAGAAUGUUUCUGAAGUUACAUUUUGUGAAUAGCAAAGCACUUGAAAUCUCUGUUUUAAAGCUUCAAGUGUUAAAAAUGUUACCACAAUAGUUUUUUAGCUAUAAAGUUAUCUAAAGAAUCAUUGUCUUUCAGAGACUCAUAGGAAAAAAACUGGGAAAAGUGUCACCGCGUUGUUCUCUUUUGUCUACAAAUCACUGAACUCAGGUACUACGGUAGGCAGUUUCCUCCUUGGUCUCCUCCGUGGCUAGUGCGUCUAGUUCACAAAGCAAUUAACUGGGUCUUACUAUCAUUGUAGUGUGAUUUCUUUGUAUUAGCAAAGACGAAAAAGCUAACAUGGAAAAAGUACGUCAGAUUUUCCUUCAUGCUUCCGGUUAUAAGAAGCAUAGCUUGAAAGCAAGUUUAAGAUUGGGGCAUGAAGUUCCGAAAAAAAAUGUUACAACACACAGGGAAGUUUUUUCCACUCUUUUCUCUGUGCAUUUUGAAAAUUAGUCAAAAUGGACUCUUUUUAGUCUACCAUAAGUUAAUGUAACUGAUACCUUGAGAGAUGGCUGGACCAAUUCUCUCUCCAUGACAAAUGUUUAAUCAUUAGUUACAAGAAUGCAGUGUCUGAGGGGCGUCAACACGGGGACUCAAGUAAACCUGACCCACCAAUAAGGAUUCAGCUGUCCACACGGGCUGGUGACACACUUACCGCAUCAAUCUGUGUUCAGGUCCAGGGUUAGAUAAUUGCAGAAGCACAAGCCAUACAUCGCAGGUAGGAAACCACAGAACCGUCUGCCAGGAGCAAGCAACCGUGGCCCUGUGUACCCCAGCAAAUAAGAAGUAUAUCUGUAGCUUAAGGCCAAGAAUCCGUAAAAACCCCAUGACUUUCUCUUCGUGCAUAAACAGAUGUAUUUUUGAUUUCAGGGAAUUCUUUAGUAUCGUCAAUGGUGCCACAUUAAACAUGUCCCAAACCAAAUCCCACCCGUGCUGGGCAGAGUGCGUGCACGCCAUUCCUACAGCAUUCCAAAGAUGGAAGGUUCUUUACUUCAUGUUAAUUUUUCCUUUGAAAUUAUUUAUAUGUUCUAUAUAUAAAUACAUAUGUACAUAGACAGAUAUAUGGGCCUCUGUGUGGCUGAAUAGUAUAUUUUGUAAAUAUAAGUACUCGUCCUAAUUGCAGAAAGAGCGUCUGAGUUUCACCUCCCCACAAGCACUUCAGAUCAGUAUUGCAUUCAUUUUAUUAAUAAAUGGAUAUCUUUUUCAUUGUAAUAUAAAGCUGGGUUUUAUUUUUUUUCCUGAAAAAUAAUUGCCUUUAUUUUCUCUCAUUGCCUCCUUGGUUUCAGAAGAGAGUAGUUUUAUUAUAAAUAUUGUAUGGACUUUGUAUAUUAAGAGAGGAGCUCGUUUCAGAUUCCUAAAGAAAUAGACAUUUUACUGUUAUUUUGAAAGGGCAUCUUUUGAUUUUGUUGUUGUUCACUUUUGGCAUAUGUAUAUAAGUAAUAUUGAUGGUGAUAUGAAAACUUUUGUUAUGUGAAAAUAUUUAAGUCAGAAAAUUGUUAAAUAAUAUUACUUCUUUUCCAAACUGCUUUGUGUAUUGUAUAUUUUUUUAAGAAAAAGAAAAGCCUUAUUUGACUUAUUCUUGUGAUACUGGACUUCUUACCAAUCCCGAGGUUUCCUUCCUUGAAUGUCAGUGUGUAAACCUGACGCAUAUUUAGAAUCAUUGUAAUUGUGCUAGAGUUUUAAAGGUUCUGCUUUUAAUGCACUUUUUAUUUUAUAAUUUUGUAUUGAAAUAUUUUAGAAAUGUUGAUUAAUUUUGGUGAACGAAUAUCCCCAAAGUUGAAAUUAUUGGAAUUUUAAACUUUUGUUCUUGCUCGGUUAUUUAUUUUGAUUUUAGCAUUAAAUGUCAUCUCAGGACAUCUUUAAAAGGGGUUAAUUCCUAAUUGUAUAGAAAGCUAGUUUGGUGAAUUGUAUUGGUUAAUUGACUGUUUAAGGCCUUAACAGGUGAAUCUAGAGCCUACUUUUAUUUUGGUUAAAGAAAAAGAAAAUAUCGAUAAUUCAAUUUUGUGUCUUUUCUCAAUUUAUUAUCAGUCAAACACAAGACAUUGUAUGUAUUAUUUUGAUUUACUUCCUAAUUAUAAAAAGCUGCUUUUUUGCAGAACAUUCCUUGAAAAUACAAGAUUUUGAAAAGACAUCAUUUUACUUGAAUCUUUGUGGGGUACAGGUUGAUCUUUAUAUUUUACUUGUUGUUUUAAAAAUUCUAGAAAAGAGAUUUCUAGCCUCAUGUAUAACCAGGGUUUUGAGGAUAAAGACUGUAUUUUUAGAACUAUCUCAUCAUAGCAUAUCUGCUUUGGAAUAAUUAUAAAUAAAAGAUGAAGUUAGGAAA